AUGUCAGGAAUCAUCCCCUUCCCCAUCAACGACCUGCCCUCGGAAUUGCAGCGCGAAAUAUUCGUUCUGGCUGCGGACAACGAUCCCAAGAACACCACGAACUUAGUGCUGGUUGCUCGACGCGUCAAUUCAUGGGUCCAGCCGCGCAUGUACCGUAUGGUGACGCUCGGCGAAACCGACGUGGGUUUAUUCCUCAGGACCAUGGAUUCCAAACCACCAAGCUUCUUUCAGAACCACGUUAGACACCUUUGCCUCACCACGGGGUUGAACAUCCUUCAGGCAACUCGUAUCCUGGCUUCUUGCCGCAACGUCGUCAAUCUCGCCCUCUGGGUAGACUUCCUGGGUCGCGGGAACGCUCCGAAGGGCUCGGUGACCCCAUUGAUUUCUUCCCUUCGAUUGAAACGGCUUUCAAUCGAGUAUAGACAUCUUCUAGAUGUUUACUACCACCCAUCCACCCCACCUCCGAUCUGGUAUCGAACGUUGACCCAUCUGGACCUCGUAUUCUGGGUAAACACGGCGACACCUCCAGUGCCCUUUCUGGGGGAGUUGGAAGGACUCACUCAUCUCUCUCUCGGCCUCCGUGGACUCGACAUUCUCGACAUCGACCACGACUACUUGAAGUCGAUCCUCGACGACUUCCAGCGUCUUCAUAUAUUACUUGUCCUGCUGGACGAAAUGGCGCUUGAAGCUGACGUUCCGGAGAGCAAGGAUCCUCGUAUCAUCUUCAUGCCAUACCCCAAUGUUGUCGAGGAUUGGGAAGCAUACUGGAUGGGGACGCCGAAUGUAUGGUCAAAGGCAGAGGUAGAGCGAUCAAAGAGAUUGGAAGCGGCGAAAUCCGUUACUCUCGGUUCACACUCCCCUCUGACAUGA